AUGAUAUUAGCCAAAUUGUUGUUUGACCCCAUGAUAUGUCUGGCAGUUGAGCACGAAAUUGAAAAUCUUAGGGAUAGGAAACAUUCGACAACUUGUGAGGAUAAGUUCAUAUCUGAAGUAGACUCGACUCAAAAUGAUAAUAAUGUUUUAGAAGAAUAUAUAACUGAAAUGGAAGAGAUAAAAUCAUCUAAAACAAAUAUUAAUGAAAACGAACAAUUUGAAAUCGAUGAAACUAGCGCUGAAAAUUCAGAUAGAAAUACAUGUAUAUCGGAAGUUUGGCAAUAUGUUAAUAAAGAUGAUUCCAACCGUCAUUAUUGUCUGACAUGCAAUUUUAUAUUUUCACCAAAAAAACCAGUAGAUCAAGCAACAUUUACCAGACAGCAAAUUAAACUUAAUACUAUUAUUAGUAAUAUUCCAGAUAAAGCUUCAAUUACAACAGACAUGUGGGCUAGCAUCAAAAUGGAAAGUUUUAUAACAAUUCCAAUUCAUUUUGUUGAUAAAGAUUGGUAUUUACGUCAUUUUACUCUAGAAGUUACCAAAUUUCAAGGAUCUCACACAGGUACAGCAAUUUGUAAUUAUAUAAUGAAAACUCUAGAAGAAUUUGAUUUGACUCAGAAAAUUGCUGCAAUUACUACAGAUAAUGGCUCAAACAUAAUUUCAGCAUGUCAUCAAAUAACACAAAGACUCAAUCCAAAUAAUAUUUCAGCUGAAUUUCUAACUAUCAUUGUAUAUGUCAUAUAUUGA